ACCUUCGGCAGAUCUUACUCUUAACAAUUUCCAAGUUUACAAAACAAGAACAGGCUACUGUGCGCCGGGUCUGAGCUCCACCAUACUCCAUGGCAGCAAGAGACCACCACCACUACCAUUCAAAGAAAAACACACCCCCCUCCUCUUCCUCUUCCUACACCUCCUUACUCUUCCUCUCUCUCCUCUGCCUCGCCUCUCUCUUCCUCGUUUUCUCUCUCUUCAAAACCUCCUCCAAGGCCUCUCUCUCUCCUCAACACCAUAGAAACAUCGAGUUCAAUCCCUCCGAAACAAACAAUCAAGUAUCUUCUGAUAGACGACUCUGCGAUUACUCCGAUGGGAAGUGGAUCUACGAUCCGACGGUCAGAUCUGCACGGUACGACCACUCCUGUAAGGAGAUAUUCAAGGGUUGGAAUUGCAUUGCCAGUAACAAAUCCAACGCUCUUGAUAUCGUCAACUGGCGUUGGAAGCCCAAUCACUGUGAUCUUCCGCAAUUCGAUCCUCUUCGGUUCCUCCAACGCUACAGAGAUACCAAUAUUGGAUUCAUAGGUGACUCCUUAAAUAGGAAUAUGUUUGUUUCUCUUUUUUGUACUUUGAAACGAGUGUCGGGGGAAGUGAAAAAGUGGCGUCCUGCUGGAGCUGACCGUGGUUUUACCUUUCUUCAGUACAACCUUACUAUUGCUUAUCAUCGGACAACCCUAUUGGCGCGUUAUGGUAGGUGGUCAGCCAACACUAAUGGUGGUGUGCUAGAAUCUCUUGGAUAUAAAGAGGGUUAUAGAGUUGAUGUUGAUAUUCCUGAAGGAACAUGGGCAGAGGCUAUGAGUUUCCAUGAUAUCCUCAUCUUUAACACGGGACACUGGUGGUGGGCUCCUUCAAAGUUUGACCCUGUAAAAUCACCCAUGCUUUUCUUUGAAAAUGGUUUGCCUGUGAUGCCUCCAGUACCUCCUGAUGUUGGCCUUGAUAUGGUUUUAAAACACACGACAUCAUAUGUGGAGAGAAGAAUGAGACCAAGUGCAAUUUUAUUUUUUCGUACACAAUCCCCUCGACAUUUUGAAGGAGGUGAAUGGGACCAAGGUGGUUCUUGUCAGCGGUUACAUCCUCUGUUGUCACAAGAGGUUGAAGAACUUUUCUCUCUGAGAAAUAAUGGAACAAAUGUGGAGGCACGCCUUGUGAACCAGCACUUGUACAAGGCCCUCAACCGCUCUGGUUUCAAUGUAUUGGACAUAACCCGCAUGAGUGAGUUUAGAGCAGAUGCCCAUCCAUCCACAGCUGGAGGAAAGAAACACGAUGAUUGUAUGCACUGGUGCUUACCGGGAAUUACAGAUACUUGGAAUGACUUGUUCAUAGCCUAUCUAAACAACAUCAAGGGUCGAAACUGAGAGCUCACAAUUCAUUCUUACCAUGAAAUUGCCCCCUUUUUGUUUGUUGGAAAUUUGUUUUUUUUGUAAGCGCACAUGUGGGGUUGGAAUUGAUAGCUUAGAUUUGAGGUUGACUGCCGCACAUGUUCUUUUGUACUAUUAACCAUUUUUUCACAAAAAUUUAGAAUGACAAUCCCUCACGGAAGUGCAGCCGUGCUUGUGAUCAUAUCAAUACGAAAUUAUUCAUUUUCUGGAUCUGGAGUGAGCCAGUGGGUUGUGUAAA